AUGGUGUCUCCAGACCUGGAUGGAGCCCCAUUGGACGGGGCACCGUUGGACGGGGCACCGUUAGACGGAGCUCCGCUGGACGAUCUCGAUGGCUCGCCCCUGGCCUGGGACCCUGCCUCCCUGGAUGGGAUGCCUGUUGAUGACAUUGACGGAGUUCCCCUGGGCGCUCCCAUGGAUGACAUCGACGGAAUGCCUUGUAGGUCAAUCUGGCCGAAUUUCUAUAAAAAAACCUUACAAGCUUUAUAAGCUGUGGACUUGAUGUAAGUUUGUGUUUUCCAGUGGAUGACCUGGCACACUCCAGAGUGGCUCUGUCUAAAUGGGAGAGGGUGGACGAUGCUGAAGCUCUCCCACAAGGUACUGUACUGUCAGCACUGUAAACCCCACAAUCACAUCUCUACUCCUAACCCUCACACUGCCUCUUCCUCUUUCAGCUAACACUGAAUCCAAAUGGGACACUGUGGGAGAGCAAUACUCUGGGAACAACUUGAAUGUAAGGUAAGAACCUGGUGAAAGCCAUCUUUAAAAGAUGUUAACAUUUUUGGGAAGGCUUUUUCAGAGUUACCAUCAUGUAGCCUGUCUUGCAGUCCUGCUGUAGACUCUCAUCGUCUCUUCCCCUGCAGCGCUAACACUAAGGAAGGAGAUGGGAAAUCAGAGGGUGACAGCAGCGAUGAUGACAGCCCAUCUAAGUACGACAGUGCUGACUUCAAGAGCUCCCUCAGUAGUUUUGAGAUGUCCGAGAGCAAGCGGAGCAGGCUGAGAGAGUUGGAGGCAAGCACACACUGUCUAGUGGCACCAACACAGUACCAUACACAACCCACUGCAGUAGUAAUUCAUUCUGACCAUACCAACCGACUAAUAUUGAUAAUAAUACGUAGGUCUUCUCUAUAGCGCUUUUCUGAAACCCAAAUACGCUUGACUAAUAUUCUGUUCUUGAAGGCAGUUGAUUUCCAUUAAUUGAUGCAACAAUUGGACCCACUGUUCUUAGUGUACGAAUGUACGUGUAGUAUCUCGUACUCACUCAAUAUUGUCUUUGCUGCAGGUGAAGGUGAUGAAGUUCCAGGAUGAGCUGGAGACUGGGAAGAGGCCCAGGAAGUCAAGAAUGAACAUGCAGAAACAGGUAGAGCACUACAGGAACAAGCUGCUACAAAAGGUGGGUAUUUAGUGUACUUCAAUUUCAUACAAGCCCAGUAGUAAAGAAAAUGGUCAAGGGACCAUAAAGCUGCAGUUGUACAUUUUACUAAAUAACUCACCUGGCUGCAAUUGAUCCUCAGGAGUUUGAUAAGGAUGACCAGGAGAAGAAAGAGAGAUCCACGCCAAAGUCAAAAGACAGAUCAAAGAAAGAGGAGAGGAGAGACAAGACAGAGGAGAGGAGAGACAAGACAGAGGAGAGGAGAGACAAGACAGAGGAGAGCAGUAAAGGACGGGGCAAGGAGAAGAGUAAAAGGAGUGAAGAUCGGGACAGGAGCAGAGACAGGGGCCGUAGUAGAGACACAGAGGAGCGGACACAGAAAUACAGAGGAAAUUCUCCCUCAAAGUAAGGCCUGUUUUCUUCUAUUUAAUGUGUGUUCAGCAUUCAGUGCCUUCGGAAAGUAUUCAGACCCCUAGACUUUUUGCAUAUUUUGUUACGUUACAGCCUUAUUUUAUUUUUUUAUCCUCCGCAAUCUGCACACAAUACCCCACAAUUACAAAGCGAAAACAGGUUUUUAGAAAUGUUUGCAAAUGUAUAGAAAAUGAAAUCACAUUUACAUAAGUAUUCAGACCCUUUGCUAUGAGACUCGAAAUUGAGCUAAGGUGCAUCCUGUUUCCAUUGAUCAUCCUUGAGAUGUUUCUACAACUUGAUUGGAGUCCACCUUUGGUAAAUUCAAUUGAUUGGACAUGAUUUGGAAAGGCACACACCUGUCUAUAUAAGGUCCCACAGUUGACAGUGCAUGUCAGAGCAAAAACCAAGCCGUGAGGUCGAAGGAAUUGUCCGUAGAGCGCUGAGACAGGAUUGUGUCAAGGCAUUGAAGGUCCCCAAGAACACAGUGGCCUCCAUCAUGGAAGAAGUUUGGAACCACCAAGACUCUUCCUAGAGCUGGCCGCCCGGCCAAACUGAGCAGUCGGAUGAGAAGGGCCUUGGUCAGGGAGGUGACCAAGAACCCAAUGGUCACUCUGACAGUGCUCUAGAGUUCCUCUGUGGAGAUGGGAGAACCUUCCAGGACAACCAUCUCUGCAGCACUCCACCAAUCAGGCCUUUAUGGUAGUGGCCAGACGGAAGCCACUCCUCAGUAAAAGGCACAUGACAGCCCGCUUGGAGUUUGCCAGAAUGCACCUAAAGACUCGCAGACCAUGAGAAACUAGAUUCUCUGGUCUGAUGAAACUAAGAUUGAACUCCUUGGCCUGAAUGCCAAGCAUCACGUCUGGAGGAAACCUGCCACCAUCCCUACGGUGAAGCAUUGUGGUGGCACAAUCAUGCUGUGGGGGUGUUUUUCAGCGGCAGGGACUGGGAGACUAGUCAGGAUUGAGGCAAAGAUGAACGGAGCAAAGUACAGAGAGAUCCUUGAUGAAAACCUGCUCCAGAGCGCUGAGGACCUCAGACUGGGGCAAAGGUUCACCUUCCAACAGGACAACGACCCUAAGCACACAGCCAAGACAACGCAGGAGUGGCUUCGGGACAAGUCUCUGAAUGUCCUUGAGUGGCCCAGCCAGAGCCCGGACUUGAACCCGAUCUAACAUCUCUGGAGAGACCUGAAAAUAGCUGUGCAACCUGACAGUUUGAGAGGAUCUGCAGAAAAGAAUGGGAGAAACUCCACAAAUACAGGUUUGCCAAGCUUGGAGCAUCAUACCCAAGAAGACCCGAGGCUGUAAUUGCUGCCAAAGGUGCUUCAACAAAGUACUGAGUAAAGCGUCUGAAUACUUAUGUAAAUGUGAUAUAAUUUUUUAUAAAUUAGCAAAUAUUUAUAAAAACCUGUUUUUGCUUUGUCAUUAUGGGGUAUUGUGUGUAGAUUGAGGGGGGGAACAAUAAUACAUUUUAGAAUAAGGCUGUAACCUAACAAAAUGUGGAAAACGUCAAGGGGUCUGAACUUUCCGAAGGCACGGUAUAUGUGCUGACUGACUCUUAUCCCCUACCUGUCCAACAGAACAAAGUCAAAGUCUCCCAAGAAGUCCAAGCGGUCCCGGUCGCCCUCGCCAGCCAGGAAGACGUGGAGGAGGUCUAGCUCCCGGUCGCCACACCGCUCCCACAAAAAGACAAAGAAGAGCAAACACUGAUCCUGAGGCCUGGACCCCAUGCCUCUACCCCUGAAGUGGCAAGGCGGCUCCCAUGGACUGCCCUGCUCCGCCAGUGCUUACCAUGACAGAGCACCACUACGCGCUUCUUUCCCCACAAUGCCUCUGAACUGUCUCUGCAGACCAACUGACAGCUGUUUGUUCCCCUCCGUACCAAUGUCAAGAUUUGGCAAAUUUUUGUAAGAUGACGUUUGAACAUUAAUUUGUACAGUUCUUUGUUUUGCUAUUUGUUUUUAAACCCCAUUCAGAUUGCGACUAGUCCCUGAGACGUCACAAUAAAUCACUAUUGGCAAUGUGUCCAUUGUCCAGGCUGGGGAAUGAAUUAGUGGAGGGCACCAUUAUUGAAUGACCACAUUUGUCUCCUGUCCAGUCAUUCAGCGUUUCUAAACCGUAUUGAAAGGUUGCCUCAAUAUAAAGGUAAUCUCAUCUUGAUUGGAAAAAUGAGCUCACAUUAUAAAUGACAAAACCAUUACUUUAUUAAGUGAAUCAUAAACAAUGUAAAAAAAAAAAAAUAUUCUGUGGUUCCAUUUUAUUUUUCAAUACACACUGACAGACAAAUGAAGAUUUGCAACUGAAAUGAUUGGCGUUAGUGCUUAUUUUGUAAAAUUUAAGACAGUCAUUCCUGGCAGGGAGGAUCGUGGGGAACUAGAAAAGCAGUAAAGUUAAGAGUAAGACAGUGUACCCCUUACACUCUGACAAAUAGCUUACAUUACAGUGUAUUUUAACCAUCCAUCCCUCAGUUACCAGAUCCAGUUUCUGGUCCUGCUAUACAGUCUGACCCUGUCUCACAAACCUGCUUUACUUCAAAACACAGUGCACACUUGUUCUUUGUUAAAAAAGAAAAACAAAAUGUGACAGGACAUCAGUGAGCUGCUUCCUCCAUUUACAGUUCACUUCCUCCACCUUCCCAUCAUCCUCUACUUUAGGGUCCCUGUUCUCCGGAGGAUGACUCCUCCCUCCCGGAGCACUCACCAGUAGGCGAUUGGCCGGUUUUAGAAGCGUUGGUAGGGCAGCGGUUUGCUCUGCUUCCAUUGUAGGACUGUACAUUGGCGGACAGAUCAGUAAGGGUUCAGGCUGAAGCCUUUCAGGCUGAAGUGCUCAGUACUUUUUUACAUUGAUGAAAACCUUAAUGGCGCCGGUGAAGUCAGCAGAGAGCAGAACCUCUGUAUGAUCAGUCUUCAGAGCCCCUGUGGACGAGAAAUACCCUGUUUAGCAUUGAAACUAUACAAAGUGUUUUUCUAUCCACUCAACUCAUCAUACCAUCCAUUUAUCACUCUUAAAGAUGGAAUCCGCAUUAGUGGGAAACACCGCCACGGCUGCCCCAGCACUUUGUUAUUGUUUUGUGGACAAAACGGAGGUGAGGAGAGUCGGGCGGCGUGAGAAAAACAUUUGCAGUACAUAUUCUGUUCUAUCACUCGCGCAAUGAUGUCCGAGUGUUUGUUGUUUGUAGUAACUUCUUUGUUGUAAUAUCCCAAACAGACGUGGCAGUUUGACCAUUAAGGAUUCCAGCUUUAAUGAGUCGCUGCUCUGAAUAGUCUCUCAGCAUACAUAAACAGGUAUAUAAAUCAGCAUACUGUACCUGAGGGAAUGGUCUCCGAGUCAGUAGAGUCCAAGCUCUUACACUCUGCAUCGGCCCCAGCCCCUGCUUUCUCUGCCCCCGCCUCCUGGGGGACGAUCAGGUUAGGAUGUGGCGCAAAAAUGGCAGAUGUCACUACUGCAUUGUGGGCUGAAAGACAACAGAGACUGGACUUAGUGGAGUGACACUACAAUCAAACUGACAGUGUUUCAUAUCACCAACCGUAAAGAGCUGAGCACCACUACAGUAUCUAGGUACCUUUAAUUCCCUCCCAGAAGUCAUUGCGGUCUCGUCGUACAGAGGUGAACUUGCUCAGGUCGUGAUAGGUGCUCCAGAUGUACACGUACUUAUCCUCUGAGCCACUCACAAUGAAUGAGUAAUCAUGGCUGGAAAAUAAGGAAAGUGACAGUUUGCUUACCGACAACAUACAAGAACAUGCCAGACUGAGAAGGAGCCGUUCUCACCUGAAGCUGGCUUUGAUCUGACUACUGCUGUUGACGUAACCCUUGUACUUCAUGGACAGAGACAGGUCCCUCAGGUCAUACAGGCGGAUCCUGGAGUCAUUGGAGGUCACUAGAAUCUACCAACAUAAUAAAAAGACUUCGCUGUCACUAGUAUGUCAUCGCCAGAGAGGCAUGUCUGUAGAAAGGGCAUCAGGAGCGUGGCUAUACCUUGUUCUCUCCAGGCAGAGGCUCGAUACCUGUGAUUUUCCGUCCUACUCGAUUCCUGCCUCUGGUCGACCGUACGUGGAUUUGGGUGUGGUAUUUAAGGCGCUGAAAUAAGAACCGACAUUCAAAAAACGGUGAACCCUCUAUAAUGUUCCUCAUUUUCAUAAUUAUGUUCUGCCAUUGUAAUACUCAAAGAAGAAUCAAACAUAGGCUGAAAUAAUGAUUCUUCACUAGCCCUUCAAACUUGAGGAUCAGUAUGUCUCCCUCCACUGUACCUCGGUGUCGUAGAAGAUGCAGCGGCCAUCAUAGGUGCCGAUGACAGCGUACUUCCCGUUCUGGCAGAAGUUGGCAGCAGUGAUGAGGCGCGUUUGUCCAUCCACCUCGUUCCACAGGGCCACCUUCUUGUCUGGGAUGUUCCACAGACGCAGCUUCCCAUCCAGAGAGCCACUCAGGAAGUACCUGUCAUCCUAGGAGAAAUAACAGAUGGUCAGUCUGGUGAACAGAGCCAUAACUCAAACGUAGCCAACUCACUCUGCACUUAAAAAAGGUCCAUACUUCAACCUAAACAUGCACUGACAAAAGGCACACAAGCUCAUAGAGGCCCACUUACUCUAGGAUGGAAUGCGAUGGCUGUGACAAAGUCAAUAUGCUGAAAGCAGCAUAGACACUCUCUCCUAGAUAUGUGCCACAGUCUGACCGUCUUAUCCAUUGACGAGGAAAGCAGGAAGUAGUUCUGGAAUCAAAGAACACAGGGAAUACUAGGACACAGUGUACCGGCAUUUGGGAGUGUUGUUUGAAAAGGGGGAAGAGGAAAGGCCUGUGGAGUCUCACCUUUGACCAGGACAAGUCCAGCAGGUCAGCCGUAUGACCCUUGUACUUGCAGAAGGGGACUUGGCGGAAGGGGAGAUUCUUGUCCUCUGAAUCGGGGUCUUCAGGAACACUGCUCAUCUGGGAACAAAAGAGGAACUCUUGUCUGUCAGGCUGGGGCUGAGGUCUCAACAGUAACACUGGUAUAGUUACCCUAAGCAACCCUGACCAUAACGUUACUUUCUUCAUGUUUUACAGCUGACCCUCAACUCUAACCAUGACUGGUUAUGUCACUGAUGGGUCCUAACCUUACUCACCCCACCGUCCGUGUCUGAUUUGGAGGAACACAGGCUUUCCUGAGAGGGAGAGGGCGACACACGACCUGGUUGAGAGAGAACAUAAGGAAGAACCAUGAGAAACACAUCAAACAACCAUUACAUUUACCAAAGGUGUGGCAGACAAACUAUUUUGUUCAGAGACAACAUUAGAGCUCAGCCCUUCUUUAGGGGUCAUGAUCUACCCACCUUCAGUGUUGUACUUUAUCCUCAUGUUGUUGAAGUAGUCAAAGGCAUUUUUCAGAACCCAGAUUCGCACCACGUUGUCCUGGCCUGCUGUCGCCAACAACCUCCCACAGUGAGAGAACUUCAUGGUCCACACUGCACCCUGAGGACCAGACAACAGAACAAGGGUUGAGCAAAUAUGCAUGAAUAUAUAUUCACGUUUACAUCUGCAUUCACGGUUACAUACUGUAUGCUUCAGUCAUGGAAGUGGUCUGUUGUUCAAUUGAAAGAAAGCACUGAUAGAUUAACAUACACUCAAAAGACACACACAAUCUUACCAUGUGCUCUCCACUCAGGUCCUGGACCACCUUGAUCUGAUCAAAGUCGAAAGGGCCCUUGAAGCUGUGGGCUGCCUUGAACUUGACAGGCCGGGUGUAGGGCAUCCCCUCAUCAUCACUGGACGACGGGUCAUCCUGGUCGUUGUGAAACACUGAGACACAACCACACAGUGAGACAGCACCCAGCAGAGUGACUAAACAGCAGCAGUAAGAUGUGUGGAUAUGGGAUUGGGGAGGGCUGUGUGGGUUGGCAUACCUUCAUCACGGACACUCUUCACCUUGUUGACGGCCUUCUCACCAUACUCUUCAGCCAGAUGCUUGGCCCUCUUCACAGACUUGCCCAGGAACUUCUUCAGCCGAGUGCUGGGAUAGAAGACAGAGGACACAUAAAACACCAUGAGACCGUCCCAGACUGUCAGAGCAGAGAGGAAACACUGUAACCACAGCAUGAGGCAGGGCACCAUGCCAUUUCUUACGUUUUCUGUUUCAGCUUCCCUCCAUCUGUGUCGCUCAAGGGAGCCUGGGCCUUGUCAUCAUCAUCUGA